AAACAAGGGAAGCCGACAAAAAUAUUUUUUAAUAGUUUUAUCUACGAAAGAAUGAGUUGCAAAUCGUAUAAACGAUGAACAAAGAUGUGGAAUUACAACACUUAAUUAAAGUGAAAGUGUCUACAGUUGAUGGAAACGAAGUUCAGGUUACCGUGCCAGUUGUAGGAGAUAAUGAAGUGUCUGUGACUGACAUACACACUAAAGUCUGUAAAUCUUUGGGUUUGCAGAAGACGAGUUCCCUAUGGUUUUCCUUGUUUUUUGGAAAGAACAUACUACUUAUCAAAAGAUUAAAACCCGAGUCCCGCACACCGUCAACGACCACUGAACUUUGCCUUAGGAAAUGGUGCUUUAAUAAAGAGAUAGAAACUCAGCUGAUUAAAGAUGACCCAGCUGCAUGUCAUCUGGUAUACCUUGAAGCAAAAUCGGCAAUAUCAAGUGGAUUACUGAAAGUAAGCCAGGAACAGCAGGAAAAAUUAGAAGAAUAUGAAGACCCGGGUUUUACAUUAAAAGAAAAAUUCGUGCUUCUUGCGCACAGUUUGGAAGACUACUUUUCCGUUUUAAUUAAAGAUUGUAAGAUUACAGAUAACGAGAGGAACGGAAAUACCCCUCAGGUAUUCAAUAAUGGUGCCAUUAGAGUGUCAGUGGAUGGUAUAAGAAUAUACAAAGAUAAAUAUCUAGCAGUGCUGGAAUGGAAACGUCUGAAAAAAUGGUUAAUCCAUAAGAAAUUGUCGAGAAUUAUUCUUCUUUAUCUUAAUCCACAUGAAGAACUGGAAACUAUUGUUACAGAAACAUGUCAGUGUGAAUAUUUACUGGCAGCGAUCAACCAGAUUGUUAGAGAAUUACAGGUGUCCAGUCCGAAUGAUUCAUUCUUUUACUCUUCUAUGAUCUCAACAAACGAGGACGGAUCAGUAGCUUACGAAAAUGCUCUGUUCAAAUGACGUAUACUCAACAGAACGUUAAACAUUAUUUACCUCAGGAAUGUAGAUUUUGUAGAACUUGUAUUAUAAUGCCAUAUACAUGUAUAUUUAAUCACAUAAACAAAACACCCGUACAAAAAUUCAACAUUCCGAAUACUUCUGAAGACACUUUUUUAUGAGAAUGUCUAAAACAUACUAGACACUAGUAUUUAUGCAACCAAAACAGAGAAACCAUAUGAUAUAGACCUAU